AUGAGAGAAGACGAGUUUCUAGCUAAACUUGCUGAUGCCGAAACGCCAUUGUAUCCAAGUUGUGCCAGCCAUAGCAAGCUAUCAGCAAUUGUAUCGUUGUUUAGGCUGAAGACUCAGAAUGGGUGGUCGGACAAGAGCUUCAACGAGCUGUUAGAGACACUGCCGAGUAUGUUGCCGGAGGAUAAUGUGCUUCACACCUCGUUGUAUGACGUGAAGAAGUUCCUCAAGUCUUUCCAUAUGGGGUACGAGAAGAUCCAUGCCUGUGUUAAUGAUUGUUGUCUUUUCAGAAAGGGGUUGAAGAAGUUAGACCCCAAGUGCAAGACAUCAAGAUGGAAGACUAACUUCCAAACCGGUGAACUUAAAAAAGGUGUCCCUCAGAAAGUUUUGAGGUACUUUCCCAUCAUUCCGAGGCUGAAGAGGAUGUUUAGGUCAGAGCAAACUGCUAAGGAGCUACGGUGGCAUUUUACUAACAAAAGUAAUGAUGCAAAGCUGCGUCAUCCCGUAGACUCCGUAACAUGGGACCAGAUGAAUUCCAAGUACCCGUUGUUUGCCGCAGAAUCAAGGAACAUUCGGCUAGGUCUAUCUACCGACGGUUUCAAUCCAUUCAGCAUGAAAAAUACAAGGUAUUCUUGUUGGCCUGUAUUGUUGGUGAAUUAUAAUAUGGCUCCAGACUUGUGUAUGAAGAAGGAGAAUAUUUUGCUUUCCUUGUUGAUUCCUGGACCGUAUCAACCUGGCAACAGUAUAGAUGUGUACUUGGAGCCACUGAUCGAUGACCUCCAACGAUUGUGGGACAUUGGAGAGCAAACGUAUGAUGCAUUCAGUAAAACCACAUUCACAAUGAAGGCAAUGCUAUUGUGGACUAUUAGUGACCUACCUGCAUAUGGAAAUCUGGCUGGCUGCAGAGUAAAAGGUAAGAUGGGAUGUCCAUUAUGUGGAAAGCAUACUGAUAGUUUAUGGUUACCUAAUAGCAGGAAGCAUGUUUACAUGUGUCAUAGAAAGGGAUUAUCACCCACGCAUAGUUACCGUGGGAAGAAGGCAUGGUUCGAUGGAAAAGUUGAAUAUGGAAGGAAGGGUAGGAUUCUAACGGGUCAUAACAUAUCUGUGUUGCUGAAGAAUUACAAAAACGAGUUUGGAAAUGUUAGACAAGCUGGAAAGAAAAGAAAAAGGGUUAUUCCUGCGGAGUCAUUAGCUGAUAGUGAAGACGAAGAAUCCGAAUCAGAGGAGGAAGAGGAAAUAGAUGAAGAAGAAUUAUCUAGAUGGAAGAAACGAUCUAUCUUUUUCAAUCUUCCUUACUGGGAGGAACUCCCGGUCAGACAUAACUUAGACGUUAUGCACGUAGAAAGAAAUGUUGCAGCGAGCAUCAUUUCCACCUUGCUGCAUUGUGGAAAUUCAAAAGACGGUCUUAAUGCUCGUAAAGAUCUACAAGUCCUUGGUAUUAGGAAAGAGUUGCAUCCUAAAGCCAGAGGCAAACGAACUUACUUACCUGCAGCACCGUGGACUUUGUCAAAGGAAGAGAAGAGACUAUUCUGCAAGCGUCUACAUGAGUUCAAAGGACCGGAUGGUUAUUGCUCCAAUAUAUCCAGACACAUGAAACUGUUGAAAGACUACGUCAGGAAUCCUGCAAGACCGGAAGGAUGUAUUGCUGAAUCAUAUCUAGCAGAGGAAUGUAUGCAGUUCUGCAGAGAUUUCUUGAGGAAGACCACAAGUGUCGAAGAUAGACAAGAACGAAAUACUGAAUACGAAAGCACUUCUAUACUCGAAGGGCGACCUAUUUCUGCUGGGAGGUCUAUCACACUUUCUGAAGUGGAAAAGAAAACAGCACACCUAGCUGUUAUUCAGAAUACUGCACUGAUACCACUUGACUCUACGGAACAUGAUGACACACUUAAGUGGAUUUCAUAUGGUCCACGUAAUAUGGCUAGAUCAUAUACUGGUUACGUUGUUAAUGGUCUGCGGUUUCACACUACAUCAGUUCAGAGACAAACGCAAAACAGUGGAGUAUAUUAUGAAGCAACUGCAAUGUGUCGAGCCAGUGCAAGAGACACUUCCCAAAUCGUGGAUUUGGUUUCUUAUUAUGGCAGAGUGGUGGACAUUAUCUUAUUAGACUACAACGUAUUCUACAUACCUCUAUUCCGAUGUCAAUGGGCGGUCAGAGGCAACGGUGUGAAGGUGGACGAAGGUUUUACGUUGGUCAACUUGAACCAAAGUCAAGUCUCUUUCGCAAGGGAUCCAUUCAUUCUGGCAUCUCAAGCUAAGCAAAUAUUCUAUUCCAGAGAGGACGAGUCUUCAAACUGGUAUGUGGUUAUGAGAGGCCCUUCAAGGAGAUACACUAAGGCAGACAGUGAUGAGGCAGAUGCUGGGCCAUUACCAUUGAGUGUUGACAUGAACGUAGAAGAUGUUGACGCUGAAGACCAACCUGCAAGGGUUGAUUGUGAAGGAAUAUACGUUUAG